GGAGCCAAGAGGAGUUUCUGAAAAGAGACGCACAGGAAAAGAUGCCUGACAGAAGUCAUGGAGGUCCACCACAAAGCGCCGGUACUGAUCUUUUUCCUAAUUGGGAUGACCACGACUGCUGGUUCUGUGCAGAACCUCUGUCCUAAAUUGACUUUGUUGCGGACCCAGACGGCGUGUAAUUCCUGUCAAAUGAGCUUCCUCAUCACGUGUCCGUCAGGGUACAAAAAGACACCGAGAUCUCCGAUCUCCAGCUGCAGGUAUGUCAUCAAAACAAACAAUGUGAUGCUCGCCGUCCCUGGCUGUUCGUUUGAGUGCUACAGAGAGGUGGAGGUCCCAAGCUGCUGUCCUGGUUACUGGGGUCCCGAUUGUAUGGAAUGUCCCAGAAGCUCCAACCGCCCCUGCAGCAGCAGGGGAACCUGCUCUGAUGGACUUGGGGGCAACGGCACCUGCAGCUGCCAGGAAGGCUUUGCCGGGACUGCAUGUGAGGAUUGUGCAACUGGUCAUUACGGUCCCACCUGUCAAUCAGUCUGCUCAUGUGUCCAUGGCCUGUGCAGCUCUGGGCUGAAGGGUGACGGUCGAUGCACCUGCUUCUCUGGAUACAAAGGUCCAAACUGUGACCAAGAAUUACCUGAGUGCUCAGCUCUUAACUGCCAGCAAAACUCUCGCUGCGUGGAGGAUUCUCUGACAGGAAGGCUGGAGUGUCGCUGUUCACCUGGGUACGAGAAGGCGGGACUGCAGUGUGUCUCGGUAAACCCAUGUCUUCAGCCCGUCUGCCACACCGACGCCUCCUGCAUUCACACUGGUCCAAACCAGCACCUGUGUGCCUGCAACCAGGGCUUCAGCGGUGAUGGGCGAGUCUGCAUGCCGGUUGAUCCCUGUCAGACCCAAAAUGGAGGCUGUGCCCCUGAAUCUACCAGCUGUGUCUUCACCGGGCCAGGACAGUCUCGCUGUGACUGUCUUCCUGGGUUUGAAAACCUGUCAGGCGGGGGCUGUGCCCUCAAGGACGCCUGUAAACCGGCUUCUUGCCAUCAGAACGCCAACUGUAGCACUGUGGGGCCCGGAGAAGUCCAGUGCACCUGCCUACAGGGUUACAUCGGUAAUGGUAGAGUCUGCUACGGGAACAUCAUGCAGCGUCUGAUGGAACUGAACACAGAACCAGAGGGGCGGUGGAUGGGUCAGCUGAGCAACGCCAUCUCCAUGUUUGGUUCUCUCUCAUGGCCUCUACAGAACUUUGGUCCUUUCACUAUUUUUGUCCCAAUCAAUAAAGGCUUCCGAGGACUUUCGGUGAAGUCUUUGACAGCAGAACCAUCCAAAGCUAAAUACCUCUGCAGGAUCCAUCUGGCUGCUGGACUGAUGCCAUCUGACACUUUGACCAAAACCGCCAUCUUCUACACGCUAACGGGGAAAUCAGCAGAGAUAGACUCUCCUGACAUGGAUGGCCAGCCCAGAAUCCGUAUCCAUGGGAGCAGGAAGAAAGGCAACAUCAUCCAGUCUGACCUUGUUGCCUCUAAUGGGAUCAUCCACAUUAUCAAUAAGCUGAUGGACAGCAUCUCUCCCACAGUGGAGAGCAACCCAGAUGAAAACCUGAUGAAGAUCAUCUCUGACAAUGGAAAGUUUGAGACAUUCAGGACCUUGUUGCAGAAAACUGACCUGGCCUCACUCAUGGACCUUCCAGGACACAUCACCGUCUUUGCUCCCACCACGACAGCCCUGGACGCCAUGACAGAGGGAUACCUGCAGUACCUGACUAGUGUGGAGGGUCACAGCAAGCUAGUGGAGUUCAUCAGGAAUCACGUGGUGUCGUCCCUGCUGGAGGUCUACCACAUUGUGUCCAGCCCAACAGUAGUGACGGUGGCCAACCACGUCCUAAUGUUUAACGUGACAGAAAAUGGUCAGAUUCUGGUUAACGGAGCAGCAGUGACCGAGGCAGCAGUGGAGGCUAAAAAUGGACGUCUGUAUGUGAUGGAUGGAGUUUUGAUCCCAGCCUCCAUCGAGCCAGUGCUGCCCCACAGGUGUGACAUUCCAGAAUCAAAGAUCACCAAAGGUAAAUGUGCCAGAUGCUCAAAGAUCACGCCUUCUGUGUGCCCGUCUGGAGUAUUUGUGCGCAGCUUAGCGUGUUUCUACAACCAGCCCAUCGCCUCCUCCAUCUUCACAAUGCCUGAAAGAGGAUGCUUGCAGCUGUGCAACACCACUGUGAUGACCCCGGCUUGCUGUAAAGGUUUCUACGGCCCAGAAUGCAAGCCUUGUCCAGGUGGAUUUCAAUCCCCCUGUUCUGGGCAUGGCCAGUGCGUGGAGGGCAUCGCAGGAAACGGGUCGUGUCUGUGUGAAACAAAUUUCCGAGGCUCUCGCUGUCAGUAUUGCUCUGCUCCCAACAAGUAUGGUCUAGACUGUGACAGAACCUGUCCUUGUAUUCACGGGCAAUGCGACAACCGUCCAAGCUCAGAUGGACGAUGUAAACUGGACUCCUGUGCUCCAGGUUACACUGGGCACUUCUGUGAGCGCAAGGCAUCUGCCUGUGGCAUCUACGAACACUUCUGCCAUGCAUACGCUGACUGCGACCUUAGUCAGGGCACGCCCAAAUGUCUUUGCAAACCUGGUUUUCACGGUGACGGGAUCACAUGUGUGGAGAUGGACCCGUGUGCCCCCCCCCUAAGAGGAGGCUGCAGCAGUAAUGCCAAGUGUAUAAAGACGGGCCCAGCUUCACACAUUUGCAAGUGCCUGACCGGAUGGAUGGAGGAUGGAGACGAGUGUCAGCCCGUUAACAACUGUAACGCUCCUGACAGAGGAGGCUGCCACCCCAACGCAACCUGCAUCUUUGUGGGACCUGGACAGAGUGAUUGCUCAUGCAAGUCUGGCUUCAAAGGAGACGGUGAAACCUGCGAGCCUGUCAAUCAGUGUGUGACUGCGGAGGGUGGCUGUCACUACCUGGCCAGCUGCCGGCUACUGUCCUCGCAGUGGAGGUGUGUCUGCCAUGACGAAUAUGUUGGAAACGGACAGGUGUGCUAUGGCACUGUGGAACAGCAGCUGCUGGUUCUGCCCAGCGCCUCGGACUUCUCAACCUGGAUAAUUAAGUCCGGUCUUCCGUCCUUACUGUCGGAUCAGAACUUCACCCUCUUUGUCCCGACAACCUCCGCCAUCGCUGGCAUGCCUGUGGAAGACAGGAGGUUUUGGAGCCUGAGGGAAAACCUACCAAGUCUCAUCAGGAACCACAUGGUCUCUGGUACCUGCCUGCUGUCCUGUCUGGAAGAUGUCUCCUCGGUGACCUCGCUGCUAAAAACAACACUUUCGGUUUCACAGAAAGAUCAGGUCACAUUUGUGGGCGGAGCCACCAUCAUUACAUCAGACAUUGCUGCCACAAAUGGGGUCAUGCACCUCAUUAAUAAGGUUCUGGUUCCUGACAGGAAGAGAAGUGAAGGUUUGCUGGCCAUGCUGGGGCUGAGGCCAGAGCUGUCACUCAUCAAAUCCUAUCUCAUGGAAUACAACCUGACGCAGGAGAUCGAGCAGACCGGCGAGUUUACCGUCUUUGCUCCAACAGAUGCUGCUAUCCAGGCACACCUGAAAACCACGGGCUCAACGGCGCUGGACGUAAAUACGACCCGUUACCACAUGGUGGCAUCGCAGCGCCUGCUGAGAACUGACCUUCAGCAUGGAGGAUACAAACAGACGCUGCUGGGAUUUUCCUUCCAGCUCGGCAUCUUCCCUAGAGAUGGAAAAAUUUUUGUGAACGACGCUCAGAUAAACUCUUUCAACAUUCUGAGUGGGAACGGCGUGAUUCACACCCUUUCAGCUGUUCUGCCCAUCAGUAGGAAUCGCUGCGACAAACUCACCUACCAAAGAGUGCCGGGCCUGUGUGUCCCCUGCCUGUUCCACCAGAACAAGAUAUGCCCGAACAACACCGUUCCAGAGAAAUCCAAAGACUGGAGGAAGUGCGCACUUAUAACAUUCGACCAGAGCAGGCAGUUACGCCUGCGUACCGGCUGCAGAGCCACCUGUCUGCAAAAGAGCGUGGAGCAAAGGUGCUGUGCUGGUUUCUUUGGUGAGCACUGUGAGCCCUGUCCCGGUUCAGCCGGGAAACCCUGCUUCGGGAAUGGGCUGUGCUUGGACGGGACCAACGGCACCGGAGUGUGUCGGUGCAACAGAGGCUUUAACGGGACAGCCUGUGAGACGUGUGAGGGGGGCAGAUACGGGAUUCACUGUGAUCAAGAGUGUGAAUGCAAGAACGGGCGCUGCUCCGAGGGACUGGGAGGAGAUGGGACAUGCCAGUGUGACGUUGGCUGGAGGGGGGUGCACUGUGAUGAGAAAAUUGAAUCUGGAGCAGAGGAAUUUUGUGGCUUGGAAAAAUGUCACAGCAGUGCAAACUGUGUGACCCGAGCGUCUGGUCCUGAGUGUCUCUGUGCUGCUGGAUUUGAAGGGAAUGGGACAUUUUGCAAAUCCGUGGACCCCUGUCUAGUGGACUACGGCGGCUGCAGUCCAUUUGCAGUCUGUAAAAGGACACGUCACGGGCGGAGAGACUGCAUCUGCAGCAGAGGCUAUGCAGGAGACGGACUCGUGUGUGUUGAAAUAAAUCCGUGUCUGGAGGGGAACGGAGGGUGUCAUUCUGAUGCUCAGUGCAUCCACGUGGGACCAAACCAGGCCUCCUGCGUUUGUCCUGGCGGUUUCUCUGGAGACGGUCGCUCCUGCAGCCGCAUCAACUUGUGUGAAAAGAGAAACGGCGGAUGUCACGUUGAUGCCACCUGCAACAUGACAGCUCGGGGCUUCGUGACCUGCAAGUGCAAGAAGCUCUUUGUUGGAGACGGGCUGCGGUGCAAAGGCACGGUGAAUCGGGAGUUGAGGCUGAGGGGUCUUACCAGCUUCUACUUUGCCGUCAAUAGCAUGGAGAUUUCCCUGCGUGGGCGGGGCCCCUUUACUGUCUUUGCUCCCAAAACGCAAACCUUUGAAUCCGACUCUUCCAUCAAGAUGAAGCUGUUGGCCAAACAUAAGGAGGCUUUCAGGAACUUGCUGCGCAGUCACAUCGUCAUGUGUUGUACUCUUCUUCCCACCGACUUGAGUCUCAUCUCCAAUGUGACUUCUCUGUCUGGACUCGUCCUGAGCGUUGACUCCACCAAGGGAUCGAUCUUCAUCAAUGAGGCCAAUGUGACGGACAGCGACGACGUGAGCGUUAAUGGGAUCAUACACGAAAUCGACAGGAUUCUGUUUCCCCCAAACAUGGAUAAAGACAGCUUUCUUCUCGGCCCGGACCCAGCAGAACUGAACCUGACAGACGUGACACGGGGAUAUAAAACCUUCUUCAAACUACUUCAGGACACCGGUGUGCUGGAGCUGGUCAAUGACGGCGUCAAUCAUCCAGUCACUGUUUUCAUGCCCUCUGAUGCAACCAUGGCAUCUCUGCCACAGGAACAAAAGGACUUCCUGUUCCACCAGCAGAACCGGAAACAGCUGCUGGAGUAUCUGAAGUUCCACAUUCUGCCAAAUCAGAAGCUUUACGCAGAAGACCUCAUUUACCUGGACUCAGGGCGGACCCUGCAGGGCUCGGCCCUUUCCUUCUCCUGUGGGGGGGCACAAAGUAUUGGAGAAAUCUUCAUCAAUGAUCAGUCCUGCCGGAUACUGCAGAGGCACCUCAUCUUCAAAGGUGGGAUUGCUUACGGGAUUGAUUGUCUGCUGACUCCGCCCAGCCAAGGAGGGCGCUGCGAUGUACAAACCACCUUUGAUCUUCAGAUGGGCUGUGGGAUGUGCACAUCCUCUUUGAGUCGCUGUCCUCGAGGAUCGAAGCAGAAGGAGCUUCAGAAAUGUGACCUUCCAAACUUUCAUGUCAGCAAGAACUCCGGCUGCAGGUCUGUCUGCACCGUCAACUUCUGGCAGCCCAAGUGUUGUCCAGGAUACUAUGGACGGGACUGUCUGGUCUGUCCUGGAGGUAUCCACUCUCCAUGCAGCAACCGUGGGAAAUGUGACGAUGGUCACCUGGGUAACGGUACCUGCACCUGCCAGGCUGGGUUUGGAGGUACAGCCUGUAACCAGUGCAAACCUGGUUUCUAUGGCCCCACAUGUAAAGCCUGUAAAUGCUCCGCUCACGGGUCAUGUGACGAAGGAGUGCAUGGCUCAGGUCUGUGUUUCUGUGAGCGCGGGUGGACCGGAGAGCAAUGUGACGAGCAGCAAACUGAAGUGUUUGAGUGCUCACCCGCCUGCUCUCCAAAAGCCAUCUGCAAGGACAAUAAUACCUGUGUGUGUCGCUCUUUUCACCAAGGGGAUGGAUUUACCUGCACAGUGAUGGACGUCUGUAGCAUCUGGAAUGGGGGCUGUGCCAAAGAAGCCACGUGUUCUCAGGAGGGGGAGAAUGUGAACUGCACUUGUCUGGAUGGUCACUCUGGAGAUGGUUUCACCUGCGUGCCGGUGGAUCCCUGUUCUUUUGGGGACAACGGUGGCUGCCACGAGCAUGCCACCUGCAUCAUGACGGCUCCGGGAAAAAAGAAGUGCGCCUGUAAGGACAACUACCUUGGAGAUGGCGUGAGCUGCGAACUCAUGCAGAUUCCCGUUAGCCGCUGUCUCCAGGACAAUGGGGGGUGCCACUCAGAUGCCAGAUGUUCUGAUCUCCACUUUGAAGAUAAACUGUUUGGUGUGUUUCAUGUCCGCUCCAAAGCCGGUCAGUAUAAACUGACCUAUGCUGCAGCUCAGCAGGUUUGCAUCAUAGAGGGAGGGUCCUUGGCCACGCUCUCCCAGCUUCACCAUGCUCAGCAGGGGGGCUUGAACAUGUGUGCUGCUGGCUGGUUGGACCAAGCGCGAGUUGCAUACCCCACUACCUACUCUAACCCCAAAUGUGGCUUUGGACAUGUGGGUAUUGUGGACUACGGGUUCCGCAAAAACCUGAGCGAGACCUGGGACGGCUUCUGUUACCGGAUGAAGGAUGUGGAAUGUCAGUGUAAACCUGGUUAUAUCGGAGACGGUUUUGGCUGUGCUGGUAACCUGAUGCAGGUCCUUAAGUCCACGCCCAGCUUUUCUAACUUCCUCACACAAAUCCUAAAUUACUCCCAGACGUCCAAGUCCGGCCGCCAGUUUGUCAAACGCCUCGGUGACCCUGCAGUUCAGUCCACCCUGUUUGUACCUGACAACAGUGGCCUCCCCAGUAACCAGACUCUCUCACAGCGUGACAUCGAGUUCCACCUCUCGGAGGGUCAGGCGCUUCCCAUCAGCCAACUGAAGAAUGGCACUCGCAUCAGAACGCGAGUGGGUGGUCUUACCGUUCUGGGCGUGGCAGACCUACUUGAUCCGUCCUCCCUGGCGUCACGUUACGUUAACGAGCACUUUAUCAUUGAUUCCAACAUCCAAGCUUCUAACGGUUUGAUUCAUGUUCUACUGGGACCUUUGAAAGCUCCACCCCCUAAUCAAGAGCAGAUGCAUGUGGCACACCAGGCGGGGGUGGGUGUGGGGGCAGUCCUUCUGGCCCUUCUGAUGGUUGGAGUGGCAUUUGUUGCCUAUCACUUCUACAGGCAGAGGAGCAAACCUUUUCAGUUCCACUACUUCAAGGAAGAAGAUGGAGAUGCAUCUGCAACCGCUACCAGCAGCCGCAGCAUCUGCAACCCGGUUUAUGAAGACCAACCGUCUGAGCUGCACGACGAGGGUCCGAUCAGUUCAGGGCUUCUAUUGUGACCAUGGUCUGCUUGACACUCCUCCCCCAAAUAAAAGCCUGAGAGUUGAAGCAAAAGUUAAAAUAAACUGAUUACAGGAGCAAUGUGCACCAGGUGAGGGAGGGAAGGGCCCCAGCAGCCGCUGCAGGAGGACCGAGCCCUCUGAACCAGAUCCAACCUUCUCCUUUUGUCAGAUGUGAGUCCAGGAUCAGUUCAGCUACACUGAUGAAAUUCAUUGAACAAAUGUCAAUAAAGACUUCCGGACUGUUUCAAACUUUA